AUGGAGAGAGGUUUGAAAAACGGGAUUUUGUUUCGGUUCGGAGAUCUCAAUGUGCUGACCUCGCCUAGCGCAUCAUCACGGCCGACCCUUCUUGGUUUACCGUACCGAUGGGAACCGAUCGCCGAUAUCUGCCUGUUCGUGUUCUUCAUGACUCUAGGCAUUCUCCGAGUUUUCAUGUUUCCCGUCAUCGCAAAGAACGUCGUCGACGAUUUUUCGCAAACGAGCUAUCUUGGAGCCAUUGUGGUGGCAUGGGAAACGAUUGUGCUUGGAGUGGUGCAAUUCUACUCUAGUCGUUCAUCCGGGGUGUAUGCUGCAGAGGCUAUGUUCUGGAUAGCUGUUGUUGGAAGCGCAUUUGUCGCUUUUGGUGGGAUAUACUUUAUGUAUGGUCGGCAAAAGGCACAUUCUCUCGACCAGGUCAAUGGAUCGUGGUUUCUGACUUUCAUCCCCCUGAUUGUCUGUUCAACGCUUGGUGGUGCGGAGGCGCCACACCUGAGCUAUAAGAACGGUGUCUUAGUGCUGUUUGUGUCAUUCUUGAUGUGGUCGUUGGGAGUGGGCAUGUCUUUCACACUUGUGCCUAUCUACAUCUGGCGGCUCAUGAGUACUCCGCUCCCCCAACAAGGAGUGAUUAUCAGUACCUUCGUUCCCAUCGGUCCUUUCGGCAUGGGCGCGUACUCGACUCAACAGCUAGCGUCCGAGCUGGCAAGACGUAUCGCACAGCAUAACUAUAUACUUACUAACCAACCUCAGCCACCUGCAGAUAGUGCGUACAUCGCAACCAUUGGAGAGGCUAUUCAAUGGGCAGGAAUCAUCCUUGCUCUCUUUCAGUUGGCGGUGGCAUCUUUCUUCCUGAUCGAAGGUGUCCUAGCCCUAUGCACAAAAGCUCCGGGCCCAUUCAAUGUUGCUUUUUGGAGCUUCGUCUUUCCAUGCGGCGUGUACGCCAAUGCGUGGAAUCUCAUGAGCACCAACCUCCGUAAUGAGGGUUUGAAAGGUUGGGCAGCGACUUGCACAGUUGCGGUUGUGCUACUGUGGUUGUUUUGUGCAUUGAUGAGCUUUUGGAAAGGCGUCUGGCAAGGCAAGCUCUUCUUCGCACCCGGCUUACAGGGUUAUUUGGAGAAGCAAGAGAUCCAAAAGCGCGAUGUCGACCCUGAGCAACCCUCAGACCAGAAACGUAACCCCUACGGGCUGGCUUUCCAUACUACGCACACUGGAGAAUAUUUGAAUCGAAAGGCGAGGUCGGAUGGUAGUUAUAAGAAAGUCAAAGUGGAUAAUUAG